GCUGCUGCCCCGCUCCCCCCCGCCGCCGUCCUCCUGGAAACCUCCGCGCCCGCCGCCGAGAGAGUGGAUGCGAACUCGGCCGGCGGCCCCAGCCCGCAGCUGGCAGCGCUUGCAGCUCGCUCCCGUCCUGGGGGCGCGGGAGGAGCCGGCAGUAGUUUACAGAGCUCCUCUCUGCUAGGGGUUGCUUUUCAUCGCCCACCAUGAGGAUCCGUCUGGCGAGAAGAUGGACCUGGGUCCGCAAAAGCUGCGUGUUUCUCGGCUUCUUGAUGAUCGCUUACUUUGUGGUCGAGCUGUCGGUUUCAUCUUUCGGUGCCUCCCUCACCGGGGAGAGCAUCACCAAAGGGAAAUGGGAGAGACGCUUUUCUGACAGAGCAGGAGAAGCUGUGGAUUUGGCUCGUCCCGUCUAUGACAAACCCCCGCCUGAUCCGUAUGCCCCAGGAGAAUGGGGUAAGCCCUCACGCCUGAAUUUGAGUCCUGAGGAAAAGAAACAGGAAGAAGAGCUGAUCGAGAAGUAUGCAAUUAAUAUUUAUUUGAGUGAUAAAAUCUCUCUCCACCGGCACAUUGAAGAUAAUCGACUGAGUGGCUGUAAAGCUAAAUCUUACGACUACAGAAAACUGCCCACAACAUCUGUGGUAAUUGCUUUUUACAAUGAAGCCUGGUCAACGUUGCUGAGAACCAUCCAUAGUGUUCUUGAAACAUCACCUUCAGUGCUUCUAAAAGAAAUUAUACUGGUGGAUGACUUGAGUGAUAAAGUGUAUUUGAAGGCUGAGCUUGAAAAAUACAUAAGCAGCCUGAAAAGAGUUCGUUUGAUAAGAACCAACAAACGAGAAGGAUUGGUUCGUGCCCGCUUAAUUGGUGCUACUUUUGCUGCUGGUGAGGUCCUCACGUUUCUGGACUGUCACUGCGAAUGUGUCUCCGGCUGGCUGGAACCACUGCUUGAGAGGAUUGCUGAGAAUGAGUCUGUCAUUGUCUGUCCUGUCAUUGACACCAUUGACUGGAAAACGUUUGAAUACUACAUGCAAACGGCAGAGCCCAUGAUUGGGGGUUUUGACUGGCGGCUGACGUUCCAGUGGCACUCGGUGCCUAAACACGAACGUCUCCGGCGCAGAUCUGAAACUGACCCAAUCAGGUCCCCGACCAUGGCUGGUGGCUUGUUUGCUGUCAGCAAGAAGUAUUUUGAGUACCUGGGUACCUAUGAUACAGGAAUGGAUGUUUGGGGAGGGGAGAACUUAGAAUUAUCAUUUAGGGUUUGGCAGUGCGGAGGCAUGCUGGAAAUUCAUCCGUGCUCCCACGUGGGCCACGUGUUUCCAAAGCGUGCGCCCUAUGCUAGGCCAAAUUUCCUUCAGAACACAGCACGCGCUGCUGAGGUGUGGAUGGAUGAAUUCAAAGAGCACUUUUACAACAGAAAUCCUUCAGCAAGGAAAGAAAACUAUGGAGAUAUUUCUGAAAGAAAGAUACUAAGAGAACGUUUGAAAUGUAAGGGUUUUGACUGGUAUUUAAAAAACAUAUUUGCUGAGUUGCAUGUACCAGAAGAUCGCCCUGGCUGGCACGGUGCUAUCCGCAGUGCAGGAAUAGCUUCAGAAUGCCUCGAUUAUGUCUUACCAGAACAUAAUCCUACUGGAGCUCACCUUUCUCUCUUUGGAUGUCACGGACAGGGAGGCAAUCAAUUUUUUGAAUACACAUCAAAUAAGGAGAUUAGAUUUAACUCGGUUACAGAGCUAUGUGCUGAAGUCCCAGAGCAUGAAGACUACAUAGGUAUGAGGAGUUGCCCAAAAGAUGGAUCUCCUAUCCCAGAAAUUAUUAUUUGGUAUUUCAAAGAAGAUGGGACUAUUUAUCAUCCUCAUUCAGGAAAGUGCCUUACUGCUUAUCGUACAGCUGAGGGGCGUGCUGAUGUGGAAAUGAGAACUUGUAAUACUGCAGAUAAGAAUCAGAUUUGGAAAUUUGAGAAAUAA